AUGGCUGUAACAGCAUUAGCCUUCUGUUUACUAUUUCUAGUAAAUUCGUCUCUACAGGAUUUUCCUUUCCGUAAUACAUCAUUAUUAUGGGAUGAAAGAGUGGAUGAUCUGGUAGGACGAUUGACACUUGAUGAAAUCCAACUACAGAUGGCUAAAGGUGGUGCCGGAAUAAAUGGACCGGCUCCUGCAAUUGACAGACUUGGAAUCAAACCAUAUCAAUGGGAUACUGAAUGUCUUCAUGGUGAUGUUGGACACAAUGCCACAGCGUAUCCUCAAUCUAUUGGACUAGCUGCAACCUUCAGUACAGAUCUGAUAUUUAGAAUGGCUGAAGCUACAGCAGUAGAAGUUCGAGCUACUAAUCAUGCUAAUGUACAGAACGGAUCGUAUAAGGGUCAUACUGGACUGAGCUGUUUUGCACCAGUUAUAAAUAUUAUGAGAGAUCCGAGAUGGGGUCGCAAUCAGGAAACUUAUGGAGAAGAUCCUGUUCUUAAUGGUAUGUUAUCACAAGCUUAUAUUAAAGGUUUACAAGGAGAUCAUCCCAGAUAUGUUAGAGCUAGUGGUGGUUGUAAACAUUUUAAUGUACAUGGUGGUCCAGAUGACGUGCCAGUUUCAAGAUUUUCAUUUGACUCUCAGGUUCAAGUUUCUAUAAGAGAUUGGAGAACAACGUUUCUACCAGCAUUUAGAUAUUGUGUAGAAGCUGAUGAUGCAGUUUCUCAGGGUAAACUCACAGAAGAUUUGGUACGAGAGAGAGUGAAACCAUUGUUUUAUACUAGAAUGAGGUUGGGAGAAUUUGAUCCACCAGAAAUGAAUCCCUACGCCUCAAUUAAUCGUCAAUUUAUAACAACACCAAGACAGGGUUUAUCAUCAUUAGCUUCUAGUACUAACUUUGCUCAAGGUUGUGAUGAUGCUAAAUGUAAGAGCUAUGAUUCUAACUCGGUCAAAUCUGCUGUUGAUGGUGUUGAUGUUGUGUUUAUUUGUCUUGGAUUAGGAACUAUUCUGGAAGCUGAAGGUAAUGAUAGACAUGAUAUGGAGUUACCAAGUGGACAAGUUCAGCUGAUGGCUGAUGCCGUGGCAAACAGUGGGUCGGCGAAGGUUGUUUUAAUAUCAUUCAAUGCUGGACCAGUCAAUAUUACAUGGGCUGAUGUGAAUCCAAGAGUAUCAGCAAUUAUAGCUGCUUUCUAUCCAGGACAAGCUACUGGUGUUGCUCUGAAGAAUGUGAUGGUUGGUGAUAGUUAUUCACAGUUUGGUAGAUUACCAUAUACAUGGUAUUACACAGCUGAUCAGGUACCACCUAUUACUAACUAUACAAUGGUAGACAGAACAUAUAGAUAUAUGUCAUCACAACCUUUAUAUCCAUUUGGUUAUGGUUUAACAUAUUCUACAUUCAACUAUGAUGAAUUAAUAACGGUAACCAAUGUCAAUGCUGGUGAUGAUAAUAAUAUUGGUGUUCAUUUUAACAAUAAAGGAUCUCGUACAGCUGACGAGGUAGUACAAGUAUAUAUUGGGUGGAAAUCACCUAGUGUACCAACACCUAAGAUACAGUUAGUUAAUUUUACUAGAGUAACAGUACCACAAGGUAGUGGUCUUAAUCUCAAUUUUACUAUUACACCACAAAAUAUGGCUGUUUAUACUGAUGAUAAAGGUUGGGUUGUUGAGGAAGGAACAUUGAUAUUAUCAGUAGGAGGUCAACAACCAUCUGUACUGAGAACAGGAACUACCAAUUAUAUCUCAACAGAGUUUAAUAUUGUUGGUACUAAAAUACUAGGAUUUUACUAAAUACCGUAUUAAUGUUAUUAAAUUAUUUCAAUAAACAAAUGUAUUGG